AUGAUCGACGAAGAAGUGGUGGCGGCGUUUCAGCCACAGCAAGAUAUCUUGUUCUUAUCUUCAUGCCCUGAAAUGGCUGCUGUUCUGUCGGUCUUGAAGCUUGCCCCGGGGAAGAUAUCUGCAGCGAUUGCCUCCCUGGCGAAAACGGUUAUAUCUGCACCGGAAUGCCGCCUUGAAGCCACCAGCGAGGAGCAGUUGGAGUGGGAGUCGUGCCUCGCGAGCUACGAAUACGCGGGCACUUGCUCGGCGGUUUCGGCGACGUCGUGCUGCUUCGACGUGCUGUCUCCAAACGACUGCCUGGCCAACCCGAAGUUCGUUUCGUACUCGGAGUGUAUCGUCCAGGCUGCCAGCGAGCAGGCCUGCUCAAGCCUGUCUUGCAAGCACACGGAGACGAUGACCACCUCCACCUCCGACACGAGUGCUGCGGGCAGCGGGAAGCGGCCGGUGUCCAUUGGCCGAGCGGCAAUAAUGGUGGUUGCUUUCUUCGCGCUCGUGGGCGCGUUGCAAAGAACUUGA